CCGUAGCUACAGGAAAAACCGGAAACAGCGGUAUUUUCAAAGAGUAUGAAUUAUUUCACGACACAACUUAUAAAGAUCAUAAUUAGAAAAGAAGGAAUACCGUCUAAACGCAUACCGAUAAACCCAGUGGAACAAGUAUGAACUUCUAGAGCAGAAUGGCGAGUGUUUACCAUGAGAUUAUUAAUGAUAGUAUUACUGUAGAAGAUGAAGAGAUUGAUGAGUUAUCGGCUCAGGGGUAUGAUGAGGAUGAUAGACUACCAACACUACAUAUAUGGCCGAAGAAUAUAGGCAUUAUACAAAUAGUGUUUGGUUUUGUAACAGUUUGUAUAGGUGUAUUAGAGAUAUUUUAUCUGCCACUAGUCAUACAACCAGAGGAAGAAAAAGAAAUACAUUUGGGUAAAGAUAACUGUUAUGGUGCUGGGCUAUUUGCUGGAAUCUGUAUGGUCCUGACAGGCAGUACAGCAGUGAGAGCCUCAAUCAGCAGGAGACCUACCUCUGUGCGGAAGUUUUUUAAUUUAACAAUUUUUACAUUGUUACUAUAUGUAGCUUCAGCAGUUCUAUUAAUAGUUGGUUACAGUGUGAAAUGGACAACUAGAGAUCAAUAUCCUGUGAAUAGUUACCUCUAUGAGAUCCAUAUUUUUGUGUCUGUGUUCACUAUGAUAGGCUUCCUGUUUAUAAUAGCUACAUUCGUUCAGUACUAUGAGACUAUUUUCUGUGGAGAUUUCCAGCUGUGUUAUAAUUGGUUUUCCUGCUGUAUUAGAUUUAUACCUAAAAAGAUUUUACAGAAAAUAACUAAUUCUGUACGAGGAAAUACAUGAAGUGUAUCCUAAACAACAUCACGAUAAAUGGUUUACACCAAGAACGAAGAAUAGUUCUGUGAACAUAUUUAUAAAUAAAUAUAGUCUGACAUAAGAAAACAUUGGAGAUAGUCAAAAAUAUUCUAGUCCUAGAUCAUGUAGAUUUAUCCUUAUAAUUCUUGCCCUUAUUACAAAUUGUACCAUAUAUUGUAUAUAUUUCCAGAUUUAUUACACUAAGUGAAUUCAUUUACUACUUAGAUUAUAUAUUAAAACGAAAUUGAAUAAUUAACAUGUUUUAUAUGCUCUAUGAGUAUUCUGUAUGACUCAUAAAAUUGCUCUCCCUUACUACAUUGUUGGUUUAAAUGUCAUUAAACAAAUCUAUGCAUGUGAUAAUUUCAGAAGAUUUCAGAAGAUAUACAUAAAUUUCAGAAGAUAUACAUAAGUAUUCUUACUUUUGUAUAUUUGAAUAGAAACUUAUUGUGUGAAUAUUUCAUAGAUGAUCAUCUUAAUCAAAUAUUUUUUAUUAUGUUUGUUUUUUUUACUUUUUUUUAGCCAGAAAUAAGACAACCUAUUGCACUAAACCAGCCUAUCUGAUGCUUGCUACAAAUUCCAGAUAAUGCCUGCUUCAUCUAUAAAAUAUGUUCGCUUAUGCAGACUUCAUAAUGCUUUGUAUAUAAAGAGAAAAAUGUAAGAAUGCCAUAAGUUUCUCCUAAUAAGACUUUUCUGAUGAUAUGCCACCAGGAGAUUAGUGAUAAGUGUCAUUCCGUAUAUUUUUGGACCAUCUGAUGCUUGUUUUAACAGUCUAUAUUGCUAGUCAAACCAACAUGUUGUCUACUCUUGCAAUUAAUUAAUUAGAAAAUUCUUGAGUUUUUGCAACAACAAAAAUUCUGCCGAUUGUAUUAAGACUGAAAAUUGGACAUAAUUUACCCAAUAUUUUUUUUCAUGAUUUUUUUCAAGUCAUACAUACAUGUAUAGAACGUCCAUUUUGUACUGUGAAUUUUUUAUGUGGGUACUAGUUAUCGUGGUUUAAGGAUCUCUUGAAAAUUUGUGGAUAUUUAAUUUUCAUGGUUUUCACAUAAUCUGCAUACAUUCCUUUAGAAAAUUUACAAUUAGGUAAAUAUUUAAAUUCAUGGUUCCCUUGUACCCACAAAUUCAUAGUAAUUUGUAUCCAUGGAAUAUUAAUGAAUCCACAGUACUUCAUAAACAAAGUAAGAAAGCAUAAUAUUUUACUUAGUUAUAGUUGCCAGAUUAUUAAUAAAUUUUCCGGAAAUCAAUCGUGUGAUUGUCAAAAUGUACUUAAUCAAGGUUAAAUAUUUAUUACACUUGUUUUGUGGUACUGUAAAUUCUAAAAUAAUUGCAAUUUUUUUAUUAAUAAAAAUAAUAUGACUUUAUGAGUAUUGCAAUUAUCAACCAUUUGCAUUCUGAAUUCAUUCCAUAUAUUUGAAUGUAGCUUUUUCAGAAGUCACAAUUAUGUGCUAAUUUUUAAGUGCAAUCUUCAACAAUCACAAUAUUAAUAAUGAAUGCAUGCUAUAAUUUCUGAAAAUUAUUUUGAAGUUUUACAUAUUCUUUUUGAUGUUUCGUGGAAUAACAUUUGCCUUCUGAAACUUUUGACCAUUUAUUUCUGGUAUAUAUUUAUACUGUAUCUAGAUCUGCUAUUAAAUUACGAAACUUAAGUACCAUUGUAAACUUGUAUAUGCUUAAUCAUGUAUAUCUCUAUUGUAUAAUGUAAUGAUCAUUUGUAAUUUGAUAUUUUGUUAUGGAUCUGCUUUAGCUUAUUUAAUUAAGAUAUAUGCAUGUAUUCUCAUUUUCUUUUUAUUCUGAAUGUACAAAGAUUGAUAUUGAUAAAACAAUUAUUACAUGUACUGCCAUUAUUUGAGGGGCCUGAUGAGGGGGUCUCAUCACAAUUCACAAGUUGAUUUUUUUGUCAAUCAAGAUUCACAGUAAAUAAAUUUCCAUGAUCACGGCUCAGGAUAAUAUAUAUAAAAAAAUCUGUAGAAAAACGAAUCACAAUAGGGAAACGGGCUGAUCACUUAGAACAAAAAUAACCCAUCAGGCCCCUCUAAUUUAAACAACUUUUGA